AUGUCCCUCCACGUGACGCCCAGAGGACACGUGGUUGCAGGAUUCCAGCUGGAGAGGUGCGACCUGCGUCCAGUGAUGCGGAAAGGGAAGGGAAUGGGCAAAGCUCGGAGGGAGGCGGGAACGAGCCUGGCGUGUUCAGGGAGCAGUGACCGGUUUCACAGUUGGGGGGAGCUGGAGGAAGAGGUGACACUGGAGAGUCAGCAAGGUCACCUAACCCGGCUUACUCCCCGGACCUCAGGCCUGGACCUGGUGGAGGCCACGCGGCCCAGGGCGGGGGCCCGGGAGGCGUCCCAGAGAACGUCACCGGAAGUGCCCGAGCCGCCCGGGAGAGGGAGGUGGCGGUUCCGGCGGGCGGCGGGGGAUCCGGGCAGGUGCCCCACUACUGGUGUUUCUGCAGGAAGCAGCAAGCAGAGCCCCAGCCUGGGUCCGCAGAACGCCACAGAGAGGGCUACCCUGAUGGACACAUGCACAGCUUUUCUAGCACAGGCACCGAGUGGCGGCCCGGCUUCCUGCUACGCUGCUUCGGUGGCUGAGAAAGGGGCUCAGAGCCCAGGGCUGAUGCCACGGCAGGCAACCUUAGAAGAAGGGGGAUGCCCUGGACAGGCUGUGCCAGGACUGUUACGGGGGCCUCCCCAGGCACUGCGGUUUCCGGACCCUUGUGGGAAUGAGGAAGCUGGAGAGAGGCCCAGAGAUUCCCCUCGGGGACCAGUUGUUUAUGAGGAAACUGGAGGGCAGAAUGGCCAUGAGGACAGUGUGUCCGGGUCAGAGGUCACCCUGAAUGCAGCCUCCACGGCCGAUAGGAGAAGCCACUGGAAAGGACGGCCUUACCGAUGCAGCACCUGCGACAGGAGCUUCAAAUGCUAUUCGGAUGUGGUGAAACACCAGAGCAUUCACUCUGGGGAGAAACCCUAUGAGUGCAGCGACUGUGGGAAGGCCUUCAUCCACAGCUCCCACGUCGUCAGGCACCAGCGCAUUCACAAUGGGGAGAAGCCUUACGUUUGUAAGGAGUGUGGGAAAGCCUUCAGCCAGAGCUUCAACCUCAUUAGACACCAGAGAAUCCACACGGGAGAGAAGCCCUACGAAUGUGCUGAGUGUGGCAGGUCCUUCAGUCAGAGGUCAGACGCCAUUAAGCACCAGAGAAUUCACACUGGCGAGCGACUGUACGAAUGCAGCGAGUGCGGGAAAACCUUCAUCCACAGCUCAAACGUCGUCCGGCACCAGAGAAUUCACCAUGGAGAGAAUCCUUACGAAUGCAAAGAGUGUGGGAAAGCCUUCAGCCAGAGCUCCAACCUCAUUCAGCACCAGCGGGUCCACACCGGGGAGAAGCCCUACGCCUGCCAGGAGUGCGGGCGCGCCUUCAGCCGCAGCUCCUUCCUCAGCGAGCACCGGCGCAUCCACACCGGGGAGAAGCCCUACGAGUGUGGCGAGUGCGGCCGCGCCUUCAGGGCCCUGUCGGGCUUCUUCCGGCACCAGAGAAUCCACACUGGGGAGAAGCCUUUCCACUGUGCCAGGUGUGGCAGGGCCUUCCGCCUGAGCUUUCAUCUUAUCCAGCACCAGCAAGUUCACAGCACGGAGUGAGCCUGUUGGGGGGUAAACGUGGAGUGGAAAAUUGAGUAAAUAAGAUUGGAGUGUGGGUACAACGCCCUUCACUUUUUGCCCAUGCCCCCAGCUUUGUGUGCUUCACCCCACAGGAAGAGGAUAAAACUGUCUUGGUGGUCUCCAAGCCUGCCCGUGGAGGCCUGCAGUUUGUCUACCGCCGCCUGGCCAGGAGCACCAGAAAGGAAAGAGGAGCCUUGGGGAAGGAGACGUGAUGGCAACGUGUGCCUCGGAAGUUAGUUUAUUUCAUUUUCACAGCACUGGGUUUUUUCCUGAAGUAUAAUUUACAUAUAGUGGAACACAUAGAUCUUAAGUGUUUGGUUUUAUGAGUUUCAACAAGUACAAUGUGCUUUGACUUUUACGACCACCACACUCUCAAGAUGUAGACUAUUUCCAUUACCCCAGAAAGUCUCCUUAUGCCCCUUCAAGUCAGCCCCUUAUCCUCAGAGGCAACCAGUGAUCUCAUUUCUGUCACUAUAGUUUUGCUUGUUCUAGAACAUUAUAUAAAUAGUGAUAUAAUUUAUACUCUUUUAUGUCUUUUUCCCUUUGCUUAACGUUUUUUGAGGUUUAUCCAUGUAUCAGUAGGUUUUGGGCGUUUUUUUGUGUUUUUUUUUCAGUUUCAUAGCUCUUUUGAAAAGUCAAGAAUCACUUUCUACCCUGUAUCAAAGCUAUAUGCUUAUGUCUGUGUCUUUCUAUCAAAGUAUGAGCCCCUGUAGCUAGAAUUAUUUUAGCACAGCCCCGGAUACAGGAUGUGCACUCCACAAAAAAAUAAGUACAUGAAAUAUGCAGGGGAGUUUAUGAAAGAUAGGCAUAGAGGAGAGACCACAGGCUUGGCCGGAAGGAGGAGGUACUGAUUCACUUGUUUUCACGCCAUUUUGGAGUAUACAGAACUCUUCUCAGGCUCAGGAAGGUAGUAUAAGAUAAAGCAAGUUUAAGAUGUUUGUACUUCCAACAGACGUUUCCUAAGCACUUAGCUGUCCAGGCUCUUAUGCCACUGUUGUAGGAAACACAAAGCCACUGUGAUGGCUGCAUUCAAGGACUUUGUAGGUAAAAGUCCAAUAACAAGUAUAUAGAGGGAACUAGUGACACAGGAGAGCAGUAAACAAGAC